CGAGAGACUCUUCAGUAUCUACCCCCGUGCUGUUUGUCGCCAUUACCGCUGACGAGGAGUGGGUCCCCAUGGCGGAAAUAGUAGGCAAGGAGGCAUUGCCUUUCAUUCCGGACGACUUGUCGCUCCCUCAGUUCUUGCUGGACGUACAUCACCCGAGUCGUCCCGUGCGCACGAAACCUCAGGCAUGGUUUAUCGAAGAGACUAGCGGCAGAGAGAUCGGUUUAGACGAGAUUCGCGCGCGGACCCACGGUCUGGCGAACGCCUUGAAAAUUCGUUGGAACAUUGGCCAAGACGACGUAGCUUGUCUAUUCAGCCCAAAUCACGUCGACUACCCGGUCAUCAUCUGGGCCAUUCACCGCUUGGAUGGCGUCGUCACGACGGCUAAUCCGAUGUACACAUCGGAGGAAUUGGGGUACCAGCUUCAGUUGACCAAGACUCGUUUGUUGUUCGUCCAUCCCUUGGCGCUCAACGCUGCGCUUGAUGCGGCACGGGCAGCCGGCCUUCCCCAGGAUCGCAUCGUGCUUCUCGAACCACUUCCGUCCUCUUCGUGUGUGAAUGUACACGACCUCGUGAAGUUCGGCCUGCGAGAGCGACAAGCGUACCGCGAGCGCCAGCUGGAGCCGGGAGAGGCGCGGACUAAGCUCGCCUUACUGCUGUUUUCAAGUGGGACCACAGGGAAACCGAAGGCGGUGAUGAUCUCGCACUAUGCGCUCAUCGCCAAUAUGUUGCAAGUGACCCAGUACGUAAAACCUAAUGACGAGAGUGUGCCUCUAGAGCAAAAGCGAUACCGUGCCGGAGACGUGGUGUUAGGAGCGCUACCCAUGUUUCAUGCGUACGGCUUGAUCAUGAUCACCUUCACCGGGAUGUUCCUUGGGGCCACUGUGAUCGUAUCGCCGAAGUUCUCGCUCGAGCGUAUGUUGCUGAGCAUUCAGCAACAUCGAGUGACGCAUCUAUAUCUUGUCCCACCUCAAGCCAUCCUGAUCUGCAAGAGCCCUAUCGUGAAGGGCUACGAUCUGAGCUCCAUUCGCUUUGUCGGCUGCGGCGCUGCCCCCGUCAGCCCUGAGCUUACCGAACAACUUUCGAGAACGAUGCCGGACCCGAAUGCUCUCAUUGGACAAGCAUAUGGUAUGACGGAGACGGCGACUAUGAUCACGAUGCCACAACUCGACAAGCGCACCGGCACUCCGGGAUCCGCCGGCUUCCUCCUCCCAGGCAUAUCAGCGCGUGUCGUAAAAGCGGACGGCUCGCUAGCACAGUUUGGUGAGCUUGGUGAACUGCUAUUGAGGAGUCCUGCUAUGGCUCUAGGUUAUUACAAUAAUCCGACUGCAACGGCAGAGACAUUCGUAGACGGCUGGCUUCGGACCGGUGACGAAGUGAAGAUUGACGAACGCGGGGAGGUCUUCGUUGUUGACCGAAUCAAGGAGCUCAUCAAAGUGCGCGCGUUCCAAGUUGCGCCAUCUGAGCUCGAGGGCCUUCUGUUCGACCAUCCGGACGUUUCGGAUGUUUGCGUUGUCGCCAUCCCAGACGACUACAGCGGAGAGUUACCUUUCGCAUUCAUCGUGCUACGCCCGGACAUCCAAGCGCGUGUCAAGGGUGAUCUACAAGAGCCGACGAAAGUCAAAGAAGGCCUCAUGAAGUAUGUCUCUGACCACAAGACCCAUUUCAAGUGGCUCGCAGGUGUGGAAUUCAUCGACGCGAUCCCGAAGAACCCCAGCGGAAAGCUCUUACGUCGUGUUCUCCGGGAACAAGCAAGAAGCAUGCUAAAGAGCGGACAGCUGUCUAUUGUUGCGAAAGCGAAGCUGUAGUUUGGGGAUGGAAUAUACGUAGCAUUGACUGCUAUUCUCGUAGCGGUCCUCAUCUCGCGAUCUGGUUCCACAUAAAUACGAAUCCGCAGGCGCUGCAUGUGGAGCUUGAUACUGACCAGUUGGGAUCUAUGUCUACCUCCUUGCCAAAGCGAAGAGUGGGGAGUCAGGACCGUUGCCGAUACUCUCUAUGCGGACGAGAACGGAAGCUUCUCCAACAUCUGCCGGUCGUGAUCCUUCAGCAUGAUCUCAUACCGAUCCAUCCCAGGGGCCCAGUCCUUCAAUUGCGCGUUCAUUGUUGUCGGGUACCUGUCUUUGCCAUGUAUCCC